CGUGCUCACAACAACCCUGGACGAAGUGUCCGCCAAGAACCUCACCAUGGUACCGUGUUCGCUGCCCAUCCGCUCCGUCCAUCUUUGCAUGGGUUUCAGGGUCAUGAUGCUAUUCUUGGACUAUCCAGGUCGAUCAUCACGGUGGUCAGCCUUCGGAUGCCGUCUGUCAGGACCAAACUAUAUAGACAUCGUGCCAUCUUGACACAAAAACGUCUUCUUCUCGGUACAUCUCGUUUCUUUCCAUCAACAACUUUAUCUGUCCUUUCUUCACCUUUUACUUACUUUCUCGUUCGUUUCUCCCCUAGUGGGCUGGUCAUACCUACUUUCUUAUACUUUUUUCAAUAAUCCGCUUUCAUUCUUAACUCUACUUCGAUUUCUUGUAGGCCCCCUCACGUGCUGGUCCCGUAACCUACCUUUAUCACUAUGGCCUCCCGCAUCUUUACUGCCGGCCUUUUUGCCGCAUCUGUCUCUCAGGUCCUCGCCUCGUGCGCCUACGGAACUCACCUCGACCCCCGUGCUGAGGGAGGAAAGGUCAAGGUCAACACCUUCGCCUACAAUGGUAGUAAUGGUCCUUUGAACUGGGUUGCUCUGGACGCUGUCGCCAACACUCUUUGCGCCACGGGAACCACCCAGUCCCCCAUCGACAUGGUCGCCGGGUCCUUCAAUGUUCUCCCCGGCAACUCCAUCAACCUCGAAAUCCCCGACAUGGCCGAGGGAACCGAAUUUGAGAACCUCGGGACCACGGUUGAGGUUAUCGCCAAGGGCGGGUCGAUGCAGGUCGGCGGCAGCAACUUCACCUUGCAGCAGUUCCACUUCCACUUGCCCAGCGAGCAUCUCGAUGCCGGGAAGAGUAUGGCCAUGGAAAUGCACAUGGUUUUCGAGGGCGCCAACCAGGAGAUUGCCGUCAUCGGUACUUACAUCGACCUGGAGCCGGGUGCCGGUGCUGCUGCCCCCGAAGCUCCUCCUGCCGAGGCCCCUGCCGGUGGGAACGCCACCGCCGAACGCCGUAGCAAGCUGUCCCGCCGCGCUGCCGCUGGCUCCGCCGCUGAGGCUCCCAAGGCCAUUCCCAUCAUGGGAUCCACGCCCGUCACGGCCGAGGCUGCUUCGUCCAACUUGCUCGAGACGGUUUUCUCUUCCCUCGAUGCCAUCAAGGAGCCCGGAACGGUCACCAAGACUGGCGCGCUGAACAUGCAGGAGGUCGUCAGUCUGCUCUCGGCCGGCAGCUUCCAGAGCUACAUGGGCUCCCUUACCACUCCUCCCUGCAGUGAGGGCGUUCAGUGGCUCGUCUCAACCCAGCGUCUCAUGGUCCAGCCUCAGACCUUUACCGCCGUCCGCGAUGUCAUUGGUUUCAACUCCCGCUUUCCUCAGAACACUCUCGGCCAGGAAAACAUUCUCCAAGUAGCCCAGAAGAGCAUCGCCAGCGCCAACAUUGCUGGUGCUGGUGCUGCUGCCGCGCCCGCCGCACCUGCCGCCGAGGCUCCCAAGGAGGCCGCUGCCGCCCCGGCUGCCGGACAUGCAUAAAUCGCCAC